AUCUCACUUUCAAUACCCUUCACUCUCUCUUUCAUUUCAAUUACUCACUUUCUCUCACACACUAGCAGAAGCAAAGCAGAGAGUAAGAUGGGUUCAGUUUCACUGAAAAUAGGAGAUGGAACAGCUAGAUUUAAGAGAGCAACAGUAUGUUCAUCAGCUCUGAACAUUCUCAUGCUUUUCUCUGUUAUCACCACCAAUCUUUUUGCUUUAUACGCCUUCACGUCGUCCCCCAAAGACAAUCAAAACCACCCACUUCUUCACCACCACAGGAACAUCUCGUUGAUCUCUGAACAUGUCUCUCUUAUCCUUAAAGAGAUCGACUCAUCUCAAAAAAAACUUGCUAAGAUGGAAAAAGAGCUUUUAGGAUAUGAUACCAUUGAUCUUUCAAGACCCAAUAUUGCAAAUGAGCUCAAAUUGUUUCUCCAACACAACCCACUUCCUCUUGGUAAAGAUUCAAAAACUGGGGUCACUGAAAUGGUAGCAUCUGUGGGGCAUACCUGUGAGAAAUCUGCUGAUUUGUUGACUCAGUAUAUGAGUUACAAGGUAUCUGGGCCUUGUCCAGAUGAUUGGAGCCUUGGUCAGAAGCUGAUUUUGCGUGGAUGCGAGCCUUUGCCUAGAAGGAGAUGCUUUGCCAAGUCUAUUCCUAAGGUGGGUCUUCAAUCUUUUCCUAAUUCUAUUUGGAAACCUGUUAGUGAUAAAAUUGUUACUUGGAGUGGUCUAGGUUGCAAGAAUUUUGAUUGUUUGAAUGGUAAAAAGUUGAGUAGGGAUUGUGUUGGUUGUUUUGAUUUGGUCAAUGGGUAUGAAAAUCAAAGAUAUGUAAAGGCUAGAAGCAAGAAUGAUUUUCUUAUUGAUGAUGUGUUAGGUUUGGGAAGUGGAGGAAUUAGAAUAGGGUUUGAUAUUGGAGGUGGGUCUGGUACUUUUGCUGCUAGAAUGGCAGAGAGAAAUGUGACUGUGAUCACUAAUACAUUGAAUAUUGAUGCUCCAUAUAGUGAAUUUAUUGCUGCAAGNUGA